GUCUGUCUGGACCAGGAAGAAGAAGAAAAACCUAUCAGCAUGACGAUUCUGUCACGGAGCUUAGCUUGGACUUCAGCUGCGUUCAAACACGGAUCCGGAAGGAAACUGUUAUUGGCUUCGUCCAGCUACAGACAGUGCUGUUCAUAUUGCAGUAAAGGUUCGCUGCAUCCCGUCGGACCUGUCCCAAAGGGGUUUUUUCCUCCAGGAUCAGCUCUCAGCUGUCUUUCAUCACUUGGUUGCGUUUCAAACAUACAGUUGGACAGAAGAAUCAGCAUGUCCACCAGCGCAAUGUCCCACAGGAUGGUGUGGGUGGACCUGGAGAUGACAGGUUUAGACAUUGAGAAGGACCGAAUCAUUGAAAUGGCCUGCAUCAUCACCGACUCUGAUCUGAACAUUAUAGCAGAGGGACCAACCAUGAUCAUCAACCAACCAGAUGAGCUGCUGAACGGAAUGUCGAACUGGUGUAAAGAGCAUCAUGGAAAGUCAGGACUGAUCCAGGCUGUUCAAAACAGUAAAAUCACCCUAGAACAAGCGGAAUAUGAGUUUCUGUCCUUUGUCAGACAGCACACCCUACCUGGACAAUGUCCUCUUGCUGGCAACUCUGUGCAUGCAGACAAGAGGUUCCUGGACAAGUAUAUGCCACAAUUCAUGUACCAUCUUCACUACAGAAUCAUUGAUGUCAGCACCAUCAAAGAGCUCUGCAAACGGUGGUUCCCAAAAGAAUUCAGCAUGGCACCUCACAAGAGCGCAACCCACAGAGCCUCAGAUGACAUAAAGGAGAGUAUUAAGGAGCUGCAGUAUUACAGAGCCAACAUCUUCAAAGCAUCAACAGAGGCGAAGAAAUGCAUGACUGUAGAAAACGGAGGCAAUAAAAUGAUUUAGUACAGGAGUCAGACUGUUCAAAUGCAUUUGGACUGAUUUUCUCUUCUUGUUGAAUUUCCCUGAAACAUAAUUUGUUCAUUAAGUUUUGUUGUUUUCAGCAACACUGUGAGUACUUAAGUUUUGUUGACCCGAAAGAGAUUCAGGUAUAAAAGAAGACUUGAUGGACAAAUUACCAACAAAGUCCAGUGUUCCAGUCUGCAUUUAGAGUAUUUAGGAUGCAACCUUUAAACAAGUCUCUUUAGAUGAGGGGCUAUUGCAUUAGUUCAUGUUACUAUAUUGAGAAUAUGACAGAAUUCAGGCACAAUUUGCUAAUGAUGGGUAUGGUUUUUGACCCCAUGGCCAGGAAACGAGCUCAUCCAUAUCACAACAGUAUAACAUACCUGAUGUCACUUUUCAAAAAGCAGAUGUAUUGGUGAAAGGCAACUCACCUGCUUUUCGAAAUAUUGAAAUAGCUUUAUGGCUGGCAUUCUUGCACAGCUUGCUUCUUAAUUGAGAUCGUCAUCUGAUGCAAACUCCCCCCAGUGCAUCUAAAGAAUUUGUACAUAUUCAAAUUCAAGAGGGGUGGCUGUACCAAGUUGAUAACUUGGUUUUCAGUAUCACUCAGCAUAACCUCUACAGAUAAAGGUUCCAUUAGGGCUGUUGAUGCUUGCUACUCAGCAUGGGAGGAACCACAAAUGCUCACAAAAACAAGAUGUCUGUCUGUUUCACCAUGUACUGUGUAAUUAGCUGAUUUCACCUGAAUAACAUUACUCCAGUUAUUGUGCCACUGCAUGAGCUAUACAUGCCUAUCGUUAUCUUCAUAGAUGAUGAUGCCCCAGGCUCAAACUGGUCAGAGUUUAUACCAUCAGGAAAUGGAUACUAGAGGGUGGGGUGCCUCAAAUGGAGGGGCCUGCAGUUUCUCCGGACCUGACUUCCAUAGAACACUCAGAGAUCAGCUGUCCUGUAGGUGCUUGUUACCCCACUGCCCAGAACCUCAAUGACCUAAGCCCUUCAACAAGAGAGGAAUGUCUUGCAUUAGCAAAUAAUAAAUCGUUUUGUCAAGAACAUGAGAUGUUGUCAUCAAGCUGGGAUAGAUCCGGAAUACACAUCAAUUAUUGAAAGACUAAAAUUUUUUUUGGUGAUAUAUUCAGCCAUUGUUAACUUUAGUUCCAAUAAAUAGUUUGAGAUGAAAAAAUUGCCUCGGUCUACUUAAAUUACCAACUUACACAGUGUAUUAUUACUGUUUACAUGUUCCAGUAAUUUCUGACAAAAGUCAACAUCCCUAACUUGAGGUGAGGUGUUUUGGUGUAUAUUCCAGAAAUGGGUUUUACUUAUGUUGCAAUUUUCAACAAAAGUGUUAACAGGAUGUAUGGCAGUAAUUUUACACACACACAUGCACAUUAUAUGUAUAUAUGUGUUUACAUAUGUGUAUGUGUGUGUGUAUAUAUAUAUAUAUAUAAUGUGUAUGCAUAUGCUUGUAUAUAUCUGUGUGUAUUAUAGAAUUAGCUCAGGACAGCUGACGUAAGCCUAACAUGUACGCCAUCCUUAUCAGCUAAAUCCAGACUUGGUGAGCAUGACACAACAGUUUUGAAACACCCACUAGCAUCCAGUCAUUCAGACACUUUUUUAGUAAACAUCUGAGACACAAAUUUGGUGCGCAAUGAACAUUUGUAAGAAAGUGAUAAAAGCUUUCGAACAGACGCAUUGCUAGCGUUAUCAUCAUAGAUGCCCUCAAAGCAGACCAGCACACAACUGACAGAUGACCAUCUACAUGGUUUUGGUGGGUUUUAUUAAAUGAAGACUAAACAAAAACAGACCAAUGAUAACAUGAAGAAAAUGGAAUAGUGACUUCAGCUGAAUAACAAAAAAGGAAUUUCGAACCGAAAAGGGACAAUAUGGAAGAGAAAAAGCAAUUCUUGAGCCAAGUAGGUGAAGAUGCUAAACAACUUUGGGAAGAUAGACAAAGAGGGAGAAGUAGAAUCAAAUAUUUAAAGGGAAAAGCCAGGCCUGACAUGCAGAGAGUAACGUUUGAACCAGAGGAAAUCAUAGAAAUGUUGCAUAUGAUUAAAGAAGAUACACUACAUUGCAGGAAACACUUUAUAGAAGAAAAGACCCAAAUAAAAUGGAUGAGUUUUCAGACUGACAAAAGGAGAAAAAAGCUUGACCAGAAGCUGGAGAAAAUGAUUAAAGAAAGUAUUCAGUUAGAAAUACUGAAGUUAAAAAUGGACCAGCAAAGACAAGAGACUGAAAAAAAAUGGAAAGAAAUAAUUACCUUAAUUUUAACCACAGAAAAAGUACAAACUAACAUAGAAAAAUCUGCUGAAGAAGUUAAAAACACCAACGAGGAAAUGCUCAAAACCCAAAAGAUCAUCAGAAAGAGCAAUGAAGAAACAAAAGCAUACAUGGACCAUCUGGCUCACAUAAAAAAACAGAUGAACAGAUGGAUAUUGGCACAACCUCCCGUCACUUCAGAACGUCAGAAAGAAAAACAUGGAGACACCCAGAGAGAAGCAAGAUCAGAAAUUGUCACUGACAAAGCAAAGAAAACAACUACAGAAAAAAAUCCCUUGGAGAACAUUAAGACAUUAAAAGGUUAUCUAAUUGAAAAAAAUACAGAAAUCCAUGGCAAAAUAUUAAUACAUACAAAUCCAAAAAAAGCAUGUAUAAAAGAAAUACCUGCGGUGGACAAGCAGAUAUAUAAACUAAAAGAGCAAGAGGAAAUAUUAAAUAUGCAAAUAAAAACAAAUAUUAAAAAACUACAGGAUAAAAGUCAGAAACAGAUGGAAGAUCAGACAAAAUCUUCUACUGUUGAACAAAAACGUAACACCAAGACACUGGUUGUUGUGAAGCAGAAGUCAAAAGAAGAUCCCCAGGCACUUGCUGAGGAGACAGAUGUAUGUUCUGAUGGAAAAUAUCUUCAACAAGCAGAUUUAAAAAGACUCAGAGCAGAGAUUUACCAAACACAAAAAAUUCUUAAAAUGAUAAAACCAGAUAUUGGGUGCCAAAGUGGAAAAUUGAAUAUGACCAUAGAUCUUGAGAAUAAUGAUAAUGAAAUCAAAGGACUUCUGCAAGACAUGAGACAUUUUCAGAGGCUUUUAAAAUUAGCAAAGCCUUACGUUGAGCUGAAGAAAAUGAAUCUGGAUGAAGAUACAUGCAUCUGCAAAAGUACAAUGAAUAAAAAGAGAAGAGAACUGGAUCAUAGAUUGGAGAAAGUCUUAAGAGAGAGAGAUGAAUUGGAAAUCCUAAAAAUACAAAUCCAGAGAAAAUCUGAGGGGACUCAGCAGCAGCUGGAAAAUAUGUUAAAAUGUCAAAACAACAUAGACAAGAUAGCUGGUAAUGCCAAGGAGAAAAGCAAAGUACUAUUGUAUCAAAUAAAGGAGACUGGUGUAAAAAUAGGAAAGCUUGAAGACAUGAACAGGAAGAUUGAAGCUUUAAAAGAAAACUGGAAAAAAAUCUACCUUUUGACCUCUCAGCAUCAGGCUGAGAUUAAAAAACUAAAAACUGAACUCGGACAUAAAAUGGAAGAAGGAAUUAGAGACCGAAAGAUAUUUGACAAAUUGGAAAGUUCAGAAAGAGACAGAUCAUUAAAAGACUCAGUAGCAACACAAGCAGAGGAAACAAUCGGAGAAAUGUUCAUAAUCACAUCACUUCAAGAAAAACUGAUAGAGAAAAGAAAACUGACAAUAAAUGAAUUUGAUGAUACAAACAGUGACAGAGAGGAGCAAAACCUGGAACUAAGUGAGAAAGUGAAACAAGAGAUUUUAGGAAAGAUGUUGGCACAAGACACUGGAGCUGAGGGACAAAAUGCAAAAGUGCCACAAUUGAAAACUGUGGGUCAGAGAAAUAUGUUAGGUCAGCCAAAUGAAAGACAAAAAAAGUGUAUGACAGAAUGUCAGGAUAGAAUAAAAUGGACUAAUAGAGAAAUACAAGAAAUGGAGGUGCUAAAUUCAGAGCUGGAAAUCAAAAGAAAAGAAAAUAAGGCUAUUUUAAAACAAAUUAUGAAAAAAGGGGAAAAGAAUAUAAGAAUGAUGAAUAAAAUAACAGAAGGAAAGAGAUCAUUCAAAAGAGAGGUACAGAGGAAGAGAAAAGAAUUAGACCAAAGAGUGGAGAACAUCAGAAGAGAGAAGGAUGCAUUAGAGAUUUUGAGAUUAAAAUUGAAACAACCAAAAGAAGUGCAGUUUCAUGAGAACCAGACUACCAGAGACCACAGUCCUGCUGUCAGUGUUUCAAUUGAAAGUGAAACACAAAUCCUGGAAAAAAGAGGCUGGAGAAACCCGGAGGCCUAUUGUGUAAUGGAAAACACAACAAAGGGGAAGAAAACAGUGAAAAAAGCAGUAACUGAACUAGUCCCUAAGGUAGAAGAUGCCAACAGUUGUUUGGCUGAGAUCAACAAAGAGAAAACCAAACUUAGAGAUUUGGCUGUUUCAGUCCAAAGAAAACAUGAAAGACUUCAAGAUGUCAUCAACACGAUAGACCUUAAACAGCAAGACAGACAAAGGAAAGAUCAAAUGUUCCAAAGGCAAACCCAGGAACUACAAUCUAAAAUGAUCCAAAUACAGAAAGAAAAGGAAGAGAUUGAGCUUUUAACGAUGACUGGUAAAAACAUGAAAGAGUGGAUUAAAGCUGCCAUGGCCAGCUUCCAUAAGGAAAGAGAACAAGUUGAUUAUGUGAGGAUGGAAGGGAGAGGAGAAGAAAUGAUGUCAACAGAGAAUAUAGAACCAGAAAGACAAAGGUCUGAGCUGAAAACAACAGAGAACAUUGACUUGGAGAAAAGUCAAAUAUCAGAACGUUCUAAAGGAAAAAGUCAACAUCUAAAAGGAAAACUAAGUGAAUGCAUGAAAGUCAACAUGGACCAGCUAAAACAAAGCAUUGAAGGUGUAGAAAAACUCUUUGUUGUUUUGGGACAGAAGCUUGUGAGCCUUAAUGAACAGAAGGAAAAUGUGGCUGGUUAUAAAGAGGUAUUGGAAAGAGAAAAGGACAUUCUGAACACUCUCCUUUACGAUACACUAAAACAAAGAGAACAAAUGGAAAAUCAAUGGAACCAAAUGAUCAAGUCGGAAAAACAAAAAGUGAUUACCAUUGAAGCAGUUCUGAAAAAGGAAAAACAGGAUCUGGACAUAGAGAAACAAAAGAUGGUCAAAGAUAAACUGGACUUACAGAUGAUUAGGUACGACCUCCAGAAACAAACUGAAAUAAUACAAGAAGACAAACAACUUAUUAAAGAACAAAGAAAAGAGUUGGAAAGCACAAGGGUGGAAUUACACAAGAAGACAGAAGAAACAAACAAUCUAUUUGAUGUCAUCAACAAAGAAAAAUCCAAACUUCAAGAUCUUAACCUUCGUCUAAAAACACAAGGAGACAAACUUAAGGUUCUCAUCAAUGUGAUCACUUUAAAACCACAAGAACGAGAAAGCAAAGGCAGAGAAUUUCACACACAAAUUCAACAUCUAGAACUCAGCAGGAAGAAAUUAGAGAAGAAAAUUGAAGAACUGGAGGUUUUGAUGAAGAAUACUGACACGAUGAAGGAAAAGGUUAAAGGUUUCAUGUGCAGCAUCUGUAAGGACAAAGAACAAAUGAUUUCCAUGAAGAUGGAUGUUGAAAAAGACAGAGAAAAACUGUCAAAUGAGAAGGAAUGCCUGCAGAGAGAAAUGUCAGAGUUCACAAUGAGACAAGAUAAACUCUUGAAUGAAAUGAAGUCAACAGCAAACCUAAGACUAACACUUCAAGGAGUUAAAGAUAAAGUCUGUGGGUACAUCAAAGUUAAAAUGGGAAGGUUACAUAAGGGUCAUGAAGAUGCACAGUUAUUGUGUAUUUCACUGGAGGAAAAGCUGUCAACCUUUGGUGAGGAAAUGAAACAAAUAACACCUUACAAAGAGCAAUUUGAAAGAGAAAAGAUCAGUUUAACAUCCAUCAUGUCUUCCAUGAGUAAUCAGAGAGAAAUGAUGGAACGCCAAUGGAAGCAAAUGGUUGACUUGGAUAAAGAAGAUCUUAACAAAAUGAAGGCAGACCUUAAACGAGAAAGGCGGAAUCUGGAUAGAGUGAUUGACAAAAUACACAAAGAAAAAGUGGCCUUACAAUUGAUGAUGUCUGACAUCCAGAAGGAACGUGUGACAUUACAACAAGAAAAACAAGAGAGUAAAGAAGACAGAGAGAGGAUGAACAGGACAAAGAUUGAACUAGACAAGAAGGUAGAAGAUGCCAACAGUUGUUUGGCUGAGAUCAACAAAGAGAAAACCAAACUUAGAGAUUUGGCUGUUUCAGUCCAAAGAAAACAUGAAAGACUUCAAGAUGUCAUCAACAUGAUCGACUUUAAACAGCAAGACAGACAAAGGAAAGAUCAAAUAUUCCAUAGACAAACCCAGGAACUACAAUCUAAAAUGAUCAAAAUACAGAAAGAAAAGGAAGAGAUUGAGCUUUUAAUGAUGACUGCUAAAAACAUGAAAGAGUGGAUUAAAGCUGCCAUGGCCAGCUUCCAUAAGGAAAGAGAACAAGUUGAUUAUGUGAGGAUAGACAAGAGAGGAGAAGAAAUGAUGUCAACAGAGAAUAUAGAACCAGAAAGACAAAGGUCUGAGCUGAAAACAACAGAGAACAUUGACUUGGAGAAAAGUCAAAUAUCAGAACGUUCUAAAGGAAAAAGUCAACAUCUAAAAGGAAAACUAAGUGAAUGCAUGAAAGUCAACAUGGACCAGCUAAAACAAAGCAUUGAAGGUGUAGAAAAACUCUGUGUUGUUUUGGGACAGAAGCUUGUGAGCCUUAAUGAACAGAAGGAAAAUGUGGCUGGUUAUAAAGAGGUAUUGGAAAGAGAAAAGGACAUUCUGAACACUCUCCUUUACGAUACACUAAAACAAAGAGAACAAAUGGAAAAUCAAUGGAACCAAAUGAUCAAAUCGGAAAAACAAAAAGUGAUUACCAUUGAAGCAGUUCUGAAAAAGGAAAAACAGGAUCUGGACAUAGAGAAACAAAAGAUGGUCAAAGAUAAACUGGACUUACAGAUGAUUGGGUACAACCUCCAGAAACAAACUGAAAUAAUACAAGAAGACAAACAACUUAUUAAAGAACAAAGAAAAGAGUUGGAAAGCACAAGGGUGGAAUUACACAAGAAGACAGAAGAAACAAACAAUCUAUUUGAUGUCAUCAACAAAGAAAAAUCCAAACUUCAAGAUCUUAACCUUCGUCUAAAAACACAAGGAGACAAACUUAAGGUUCUCAUCAAUGUGAUCACUUUAAAACCACAAGAACGAGAAAGCAAAGGCAGAGAAUUUCACACACAAAUUCAACAUCUAGAACUCAGCAGGAAGAAAUUAGAGAAGAAAAUUGAAGAACUGGAGGUUUUGAUGAAGAAUACUGACACGAUGAAGGAAAAGGUUAAGGUUUUCAUGCGCAGCAUCUGUAAGGACAAAGAACAAAUGAUUUCCAAGAAGAUGGAUGUUGAAAAAGACAGAGAACAACUGUCAAAUGAGAAGGAAUGCCUGCAGAGAGAAAUGUCAGAAUUCACAAUGAGAAAAAAUGAACUCUCUCAAAUGGUUGACUUGGAUAAGGCAGAGCAAGAAAGGAUCCACAUCUCAAAGACUGAUUUAUACCAGAAAGUAGAAGUUGAUCCUAUACAUGUUGUACAAAUUCAUAAUGAGAUUGUGUCAGCUUUGAUACAGAGAUUCACAUUUCUAAAUCUAAUGACAAUUGAAGUUUUUCAAAAAAAUAUAGACAGGUUAGACAGAAAAUGUGAAGAGCUCGCUCACUUUAUUUGUUCAUUCCAAACAAAUAGUGAAUUGCAUUUAGACAGAUGUUGGAUGAGUCGUCAUUUAAAAUAUUUACAAGGACAAAGACAACAGUUGACCCCAUCAUUGUGUGAAAUGGCAACACAAACUGUAGGUCUGUGUGAUCAGAAAGUGGAGAAAGAGAAACAGAAUGUAAGUCCAUUUAAAGUAAUAAAAUCUGAAAUAGCAGCUCAGAAGCCUCAUGACCUGUUCAAAGCUACUGAAACUGGAUACCAGCUCAUCUCUACGGAGGAUGAAGAUCAUUUGCAAAGUUGUAGUAAAUAUGCAAUAUCCAACAGGGAAUGGCCAGUACUAAAACUUAAAAAAGUGAUAGAUGUGCAAAGAAAGCAGUCUCUAACAACUUCUAGGGUUUCAACAAAGGCGGAGGAAUUUACAAAAUGGCGGAAAAGCAAUUUACUACAGACCUUUUGGAAGUACAACAGAAUGAAACAUAAGGAGAUUAAUCUGAUGAAGCAGAAGGGUGAGGAGAUUAGAAAUAACUUGGAUAGAAAGCUAAAAGAAAUAUUUAAUUUCGAUAAAAUAACACUCUCACUGAAAGAAAAAACACUUAUAGACAAUUCAUUACAGGGAAAAGGUAUGGAGUCAUCAACACAAAGUAGAUAUGAUGCCAUAACUGCCAAAAUAAAAUAUGUGGAGCUUCAACAAGUUAAGCUUAACAUGCUGAGCAAGACUGAAAGACUUCACCUCAAAGAGAAAGUCAGUAAGACAUAUGUUUCAGGUGAAAAAUUUAGUCAAACUUCUCAGAAGGAUACAAUCCCAGCAAAAAUGCAAGAAAUGCAAACUUCCUUUAAAAUUACCAAUGAGCAGGAUGAAGCAAUAGGGGAAGAAAAUGAAACAGUUCCAGUGGAAUCAAGCAGACUUCUCUGUCUGCUCCAACAUUACUGCUGUCGCUGCUGCUGUCAUUGUUGUACCUGUCGAAAGCAAGUGUGCCCAAACAAAAAUGGAAACAUGCAUAAGUAAAAUGUGUGGUUUGUGUGUGUGUGUGUGUGUGUAUACUAUUUUUUUCUGCCAGAUCAUUUUACUUUUAUUCAAUGACAAUGGUAAAUUGAAAUGUGGAAAUUUAUGAUUUAGCUCAUAUUACCAUCCUAAUUUUCAGGAUGUUGUAAAAAGAAUUUUAUGUAUGCAACAUGCCUCAAAGUUAGAAGUGUAAGGCAGUGUCAUUGUAAACAUAAUUUCCUAUAUUUUCUGAUGAAACCAUUUGAUAGUGUACCUAAACUAUUUUGUAAGUGAAUGCUGUUUUAAUUUGUAAUUCCAUUUCUAACAUUGAAUCAUGGGUUAUUGCCCUCAGUUUUGGGUUUAGGGUAGGCUGAAGAAAUUCAAAUAGAACAACUUUAACUGAGUUUUAAAGUCACUUUCUCUGUAUGACUCCAUACAGCAGCAACAGCAGCUGCGUGUUGUGUUAUUCUUUUCUUAUAAAUUAAUAAACUUAUAAGCACUCA